AGUUUGCAUUAGAUGUGAGCGCGCGCCUCGGAGCGAAGUUCACCGAACUGCUGUGCGCACUCCCGCGCUGGAGAUCUCCGUGCCGUCUCCACUCGACCACCCAAACGCGCUUUGUUUUAAUGGGACAACGCCGCAAAAUGGAAACGGUAUAUAGCAAUCACACCAUUCACACUCACUAUUAAUAUCAGGUAUAUACACCUGUAACCAGGUUAAUAAUUGACUAAACUCUGGGAUAAAGUCUGAUGGGAGUGGCCCCUACAAAAGUACCAGAUAAAUGUUGAAUUUGGUGUCCCCAACCAAACAACUCUUAGACAAUCCUCAUCUUCAUCAUUCAUCAUCACGUAACCAUGGAGACAGUUGUGAUUGUGGCCAUAGGUGUGCUGGCCACCAUCUUCCUGGCAUCAUUUGUGGCAUUAGUGGUUGUGUGCCGGCAUCGCUACUGCCACCCUCCUGACCUUCUUCACCACUUUGAUUCCAAACCCACAGUGGAUCUGAUUGGAGCAAUGGAGACUCAAAGUGAACCUUCAGAGCUGGAGCUGGAUGAUGUUGUCAUCACAAACCCUCAUAUUGAGGCCAUGCUGGAAAAUGAAGACUGGAUCGAGGAUGCCUCGGGCCUUGUGUCUCACUGCAUUGCAAUUCUUAAGAUAUGUCACACUCUCACUGAAAAGCUUGUCGCCAUGACAAUGGGGUCUGGUGCAAAGGUCAAGGCACCUGCCAGUCUGAAUGACAUCAUCACUGUGGCCAAACGUAUCAGCCCAAGGGUUGAUGAUGUGGUUCGGUCUAUGUAUCCUCCCCUGGACCCCAUUCUCCUAGAUGCCAGGGCCACUGCGUUGCUUUUGUCAGUCAGUCACUUGGUGCUGGUGACACGAAACGCUUGCCACAUGUCUGGCUGUCUGGAUUGGAUCGACCAGUCACUGAAUGCAGCCGAGGAUCACAUGGUCGUGCUGAGAGAAGCGGCCUUGGCGUCAGAACCAGAGAGAUGCCUGCCGGAGAGGGAGCAGUCGAUCUGACUUCUUUAAAGUACACAAGAGAUACU